CCUGGGCUCAAAAUAAAUCCAUAAUAAUAAACAAUAAAAAACAACCUUUAACCAAUGGACUGAGUGUGUGAUCUUGUUUAGGAUUCUGUUGUUGAGGAAAAACUCUAACCUGUGCAGAAAGACACACGAGCUGAGAAUCUGCCGCAUCCUAAACCAGAGCAGCAACAGCAAAGGCAACAGUCACGUUAAAAAUAAAGCUGAAAACACGGCCAUGUAAACACACUGGGGUCCAACAGGCCGUGUAAUUCGAAGCCGGGGAUGUCGGUGACGACAGGCGCUCACAUGGUGCCCAUAAAUCUGCUGUUAUGACACACCGGCCUGAGUGACGCCGCGGUGGAAAUAGAAAAAAAAGAAGAGCUAUAAAGUUUCCCCACUUCAGCCGAAACAUCAUUCAGUAAGAGUCUGAUCUGAAGAGAGGAGGAACGAGCGGCUUUGAAAUAUUUUACAGCUCCAGAGGACUUUAUAGACUGGACCGACAGCAGGAAAGGAGAACUUUCUUAGAUUAAGGACUUUGUUCGUGUCUCACAGAUCAGCUUCACAACCUACAGAAACAGAAUUCAGUCUUACCUCCUAGUCUGAUACACACACACAGAGCACAUGAUGGCUGCCCUGGACCUGCACUGUAGUGUUGAUCCUGGAGUGCGUGUGUGGAGCGGAGAGUGUGUGGACUCGCUCGACUCCUUCGACUCAGAGAUGCAGCUGUGGGAGGAGCAACUACAGGAAGUGCAGAGGAAAAUAGAAGAGUUGUAUAAGGUGGUGGAAGCACGCAGGGGAGCCACUGAGAUCAAUCCAAACUCCAACACUCAGCUGGACAUCACCUUACUUCCUGUCAGCAACACCAGCGGUUACCCUAACAGUGGUUUCUAUGGUGGAAAUGUAAACAACAUCCCAGUGCAACACAAGACUUUUAAACACCUAAGUAACCACACCAGUGACCCGUGCAGCUAUGGUGUUUAUCAGAACAGUGGCUUUGCAGGUCCUCAGAGUUACACAGUUAAGGGUCAGGACGUUAUGUUAGACAUUCUGGACGGAUACCUCGGGAUGGACAGCGGGAGUUUCAGCCAAAGCCGAGAGAAACCACAUGGAGCUCCAAAUACGAGCUCCAUCCAGAGUGUUUACACUGAUCAGUGGCCAGUGAGCAGCAGGACUGGCUGUGUAUCACUGGGUGAAUUUGAGGAAGUGCAGAACAGGAAGAAUAAAGUCUCAGUUUGGGAUGAACCACAAGCCCGACAUGUCAGCUGGAAAGACCAGGUCACCUCCCCACAGAGAUCAGUCAGUAAACCGCCAAAGCAGAGAGACAGUCCCCAUGUCCCUGCCCGCCCUGUGCACUACUCCGACUCACAGAAGUGCCCCCUAGUGGACCGGAGUUGUAGCAGCCCUUCUGUUCUCCGGAAAUUCUGUGCCAUGUUGCAGGAAAAUGAAGGGAAAACGCUGAUUGAGGAUGGAAUUGUAACCACAUUGGUGCCCAAAUUGGUGCCCAGGUCCCCGAAGCUCGGUGGAAGCCGAGGAUCCAAGCAUGUGACCGUCAAGGACACUGAGGCGCCUGCAACACUUCAGAACUGGGAACACAGAGGUGCAAAAGGAGGUGUGAAGACCUCACAUUGGGGGACAGACAAUCUACAGACUGACUUCAAGAUGGCAGAGAGGAUUCUGGGUAACUGCUCUACACCAUCACCAAGGAACACACCAUCGCCACACCAGUUGAGCUACGACUCAUCCCCCACUACACCUCGGCGGAGUUUCUCUCGUCCGGCUCGUCCAGCCAAUCAGCGGCCUCCCUCCAGGUGGGCAAGCAACGGCCCGACAACUACAAUAACCACGCCCAUUAUUCCUAGAUCUCGCUCACUCAGUCCUGCCUGUAAAACCAAGCAGCGCUUCAAUAACUACAGUUUGUACACAGAAACCGUGAUCAUGUGAGCAGGAAGGAUGGACAAUAAAAUUUCACAUUUGACCUUUGGGAAUGUUUUCAUCUUUCAUAUAUUUUGUAGCUUUUCACACUUCACUUUAACUCAAAGUUGUAUUUUCUUGUAAAUAAAUAUGCCUUGUUUUACAAACUUGAUUUUAAGAACAAUAAAACAUAAAGAGCUGCGAUCUUCCCAAAAUCUGUGGACAGAAUGUACUGUAACAGUGUUGAUGUAAAUACAGGAGGUUUGGAGUAUGAUACAGACAUGCUUUUCUGUUUCUAGAAACUCCCCUUCAUUUCUCUGUUGUUUUCUAUCAUGUCAUAUUUGAAGUUGAUUUGUUUUUUGGAUUUUUCCUCCUUUUCUCUCUCUUUUCUCUUCUUAAAGCUGCCACUUGGUUGGUGUUUGAGGGACUGUAUUUUCAGUAUGAUCAUUUUCUGGUGUAAUAUAAUCGUCAUUUACACAGAUUCUCUCCCGAGAAGGACAGCAUUAAAAGUGUUAUACAUACUCACUAAUCAUUCAGUUAUUUGCUGAAGAAACUUCUGGAAUAUUGUUUAAAGUGGACAUGUUACUUGUUUAUAGUAGAAAGGUUUUUUGUUUUUUAUUUUCAUCUCUUUAUAAAAGGCUUUAUGUCAUGGUGAUGAUUGUGUAGCUUUUCAUGUCCUCUUGAAGGAUCUUAAUUCAAAACGCUGCAGUCUUUCAAAACAAAAACCCUCAUUUUCUUUCCUCUUACUUCACUCUGCAAAUUCUUUUUUGUUUAAUCCAUUUUUUAACGUCAUUAAAGCGUUUGAUCGUGAA